AUGGGACCGAAACCCAUUCACACUUCUCUUCCUGGCACCCUGGAUGAAGUGGAGGCGUUAGUCUCCCCGAGGACUCCACGUCCGAAAUCCACGCCUGAAGACUUUCAGCACCUUUUUGUACCCGAUGAUGCGAGGGAACGCGGAGAGGGCGGUCAGAAAGCUCCGGGGAGAAUGUGCCGCAGGCGGCUGGACCAGAAAUAUGAUUCUAACGGAAAUUUGAGUGUACAGUGCGUCGUCACAGGCGAUGGUGCCGUCGGCAAGACAUGUUUGUUGAUUAGUUACACCACCAAUGCCUUCCCGGGUGAAUACAUCCCCACUGUAUUCGAUAACUACUCUGCUAGUGUUAUGGUCGAUGGAAAACCCAUCAGUUUGGGAUUGUGGGAUACUGCUGGUCAGGAGGAUUACGAUAGGCUGAGACCUUUGUCAUAUCCUCAAACUGACGUCUUCCUCAUUUGCUUUUCGCUGGUUUCUCCGCCAUCCUUUGAGAACGUCCGAACAAAGUGGUAUCCGGAAAUCAGCCACCAUGCACCAAACAUCCCCAUUAUCCUUGUCGGUACCAAGCUCGAUUUGAGGGACGACCCCAAAGUCUUGAAGUCGCUGCAGGAUAAGAAAAUGGCACCAAUUCAGUUCGCCAACGGUGUUUCUGUUGCAAAGGAAAUCGGAGCCGUCAAAUACCUUGAGUGCUCUGCCUUGACCCAGAAAGGACUUAAGAAUGUCUUCGACGAGGCAAUCAGAGCUGUUCUAAUGCCAGCACCAAAGCCAAAGCAAAAGAGCAAGGUCUGCACCAUUCUAUAA